AACCAUGCGGCCAUGAGACGCCUGGAGGUGGCCGAGCUCGUCCUCCUCGCCGCCGCGGCCUCCGCCUUAGCCGCCGCGCUCAUCCUCUUCUGCGUCCACAACCGCCGAGAGAGCAGGAAGCGGCGGCCGCCUGCGCCGGAGCUGCCGCUCUCCCAACAAGUGCCCACCGCCGUCCCCGCGAAGACCAGCCGGAGCAGCCACCUCGUCGUCCUGCUAAUGAUAAUGCUCUGCCCAUGGCGACGCCAGCGCGCGCGCAUCGAGCCGGCAGCCGCGUCGGAUUCCCAGGCGGACUCUUCUCCGGCAGCCGCGGCAGCGGAGGGCGUGGCGUCGUGGACGGAGCGGUGGUUCGGACCCGCCUCGCGGGCGCUCUACACCAUCGACGAGGAGGACGGCGAGGAUGGCGACAGCGAGGAACAGCAAGAGGAGCAGGAGCAGGCAGAGCCGCCCGACACGCCGUUCUACACGCCGGUGGCGUCGCCGGCCCGGCCCGGCUGGUGAUCGAUGUGAGCUGCCACUCGGACGCAUCGGCCUGCUGAUGCCAGCGCCCGAUCCAUCUUGUGGGAUUAUUCCAAUCAAGCACUAGCAGUCUAGCAGUGGGUUGGUUGUUCCUUAGAUUACUGUUGUAGCGUGAAAAUUGCUCCAUUUGGAGAUCGAGAUAGCUUCUUUUUUUUUUCACCACACGGCACGGUACCUAAUCUAAUUUUCAUUAACUUAGGCUGCGAAAUUUCAUUUGCA